AUGGACUCGAAUGGCGCGUCGCAGAUCGUUGGUGCUUUGGAAGUGAUUUACUCACCGAAGUCAGACAAUACGCGACGGUUGGAGGCUCAGAAGUUCCUUGACCAAGUAAAACUACACGAGGAAUCGCCAUUUUGGGGUUAUGAAAUCGCUUUGAAUAACCCCGGCAAUUUCAUCUUGAAGCAUUUCGGUUUAGGUCUUCUUUCUAACGCCAUUAAAAAGAACUGGGCCGAAUACGACCAGGAGAAGAAAGUGGCGCUACGAAAGUGGGUAGUCGAACUCAAUUAUAGAGUUCAGGAUAAUGACCCCCGCUAUAUUAAGGAAAAACUAGCAUAUUUGUGGGUAGAGAUAGCCAAGCGCAUCUGGGGUGAAGCGCUGCGUGAAGACAAUCCUAAUGAAAAUCAACUUCUAGAAUCUUGGGCCGAUAUGGACAGAAAUUUGGUUGAGUUGUGGCAGAUGAGUGAGGCCUCACGGGAACUUACGCUUAUAAUUUUCCGGACUCUCUUCGAAGAUGUAUUCCUGUUGGAAGACCUAACCGUACUGAAGAGAGUGGCGGUAAUACAGCCGCUUUGUGUUAUGAUAAUCAGUCCUAUGGACAUUUUUUCAGCCAGAUACAAAUUCACGGAUAAAUGGACUCUUUUCAAAGCAGAAGGAGAAGGCUGGUUUUCAUUGUGGGUGUCGGAGUUACAGAUAGCAUUAGAAGCCAACAACGCUGUUUAUGUGACGAGGCUACUUGAAACGCUGAAAACAUGUCUUAACUGGUCACUGAGCGAAAUAAUUAUAAGGAACGACGUUCCAGGGCUUCUCUUAAAGUGCUUGUUAAGCAACAUUCCAAAAGCACAAUCGAUGGCAUUAGAUUCUCUGCAUAUUCUUUUAACCCGUCCAUAUAGCGAUGACUCGCAUUAUCAAACUGUAAUCAAUAAAGUGUUCAACAGCAUGGACCUGCUGGACAAAGUUUACGACAAUUUGCAGUUUGACCCUAAUGAUAUUGAUGAAAUCAAGUAUCCCAUCGUCAAGAAAUUCGUUGACAUGAUAAGCUGCUUGUAUACGUGUGUUUUCAAAGUCGAUGGAGAUGAUAAUCAAAUUGAAAAUUACUUGAGGUUGGUCUUGAGAACAACUUUCAAUCCCAGCUUAAUCGUUAGUGGCCUAACGUUAGACCUGUGGUGUUCGUGCCUACGGAAUGAUGAUUUUCUUCCGUUGCUAGAGAAAUUCGUUAUUCCUGAACUUUUGCAGUUCGCAGCAGAUGCCUUAGUGUACUAUGAACAAGUCGAAAAUCACGUUUCUAAAAACUUUGCAGAUAUCGACUUUCAAUCAACCUCUGAGUUCCAGUCAUUUUGCUCAACUUAUAGAAAGCGAAUUAGAGAUAUCAUUAGACUCAUUUCGUGUGUUCAACUGGAUUACACAUAUGACUGGCUGAACGCACGCUUGAAUGCAUAUUUCAGCUCUCAAUAUGGGCAGCAAGUACUGAAUUCUACAUUUUUAGACCAUAAGAAAGAACCAUAUUUGAGUGCACUAUCGCAGCUUAUGGUUGUAGAAUGUUUCAUCAAUGGUUGCAUAAGGUGGAAGAUAUGGUUCCCAGAUAGUCCCACAUAUGAUGAAAAGCUAAACAUCAUUUUAGGAAAAAUUGAAACGCUUUCAGAUCAGCUUAUCGCAUUGAAUCUAAAGGAGCCCCUUCUUCUAAAAAAACAGAUUCAGAAUUUUGCAUUAUUUUUGACGAUAUUGAAGGAUAACGUCUUACUAAAAUUACUUGAAAAAAUCAUCACCAGUGCCACUAUGGAAUACCCAGAUAUUGACCUAGAGGAUAAAAGUGAGAACUCAGAUGCUGUUCGCGACUUGAGAUACGCUUGUGGAAUUGAACUUAACAGAAUGGCAAUUCUGAUGCCUGAUUCUCUUUGUCAAAUCUAUGAUGAUUUAGAAAACGUGGUAGGGAGCAUUUUACCUCGCCUUUCGUAUCACGAGAAAAUAUCUUUCAAGUCUUUCCUCUUAACGAUUAUCUUAAAAUCAUCAUUAGGCGAAAAAGAAGAAAGAUUUGCCUCUAUUGUUGAUCCUGAACUGGCGGCGUGGUCAGAUAAAAGCACUGUCGUUGGAUUGACAGAUCUCCCUUGGUUUAUGGAGAGAUUGGGUAUAGUACAAAUUGCUGAAUAUUUCCAGCGAAGGGAAAUAAAUGAAAACAGUGAUUUGCUGGCUAUUCAGAUUGAUGACGAGGGUAAGAAAUUGAAAACAGAACUUUCAAAACGCUGGCAAACGUUGUUCCCUGUCCGAGCUACCAGGAUGUUUGUGCACUACUCCAUGCAAAGCAUAAAGAAUGACAAAGAAUUUCAGAUGUUGCAAACGUUAUGGAAGCCUCGUAUUGUGCCAAUUCUGCCUUAUAUCAUGCGCCUUCUCUAUCAAUUACAGUCCUACCAUGAUCCAGAUAAUUGGAAAGAAUUACCCGUGGUUGUUCAAUCGUUUGUCAAAUGCUCUACAAUCGAACGUUUCUGGGAAGCAGGUGCUUCUAAUAAAUCGAAGGAUGAGUUUAUCGACGAGCACAUGAAAGCCAUGCAGACGGUUCGUGAUUUCGCCGAUUCAGUUGGUCAUAUCGUAAGAUAUACCAGAGAAUAUGUCCUUUUAGUUGUGAGUGCUAUUUCCAGUUUGGGUAGUGUUUUGUACGAGAUCGAAGAACUGCCACAGCUUUUAAUGGACUCUAUCGCCAUAUACAAACCAACAACAGGCGAUAUCAGCCCUGGAGUUUCCACACAUGGUUGGAAACAUAUAAUAAAUGUCGCUGUUAGGCCUUUGUUGAAGAACUGUCCCGAAGAAUGUGCACCAAAAUUUUUCGGAGCUUUUCUACCCAAACUCUUUGAUACUCUUGAUGUUCUCCUUUGUCAGAAAUGGUCUCUUUACAUGAAUGACAUAGAUGUGAACCCUUCUCCUCGCGAUGACGAUGAAAUGACAGAAGAAAUUUUAGAAGAAAAUUUGUUAAGGCAGUUAACAACGGUUGUUGUACGACUGUUAAUUGACUGUGUCGGCCAAGUCAGUAGCAGCUCGCAAGCAUCGAAAUUGAAACUUAAUAGCCAUCAGUUGAAGAUGCGCAAAAUUAUUUUCGGUGAUAUAAACAUCAUGGCACCUUUUUUAAAGCUGUUGAAUCAUCUCAUGUCUUUUAGGGAUAGCAAGUGUUCUUUUAAUUCAAUUCUCGUGAUGAAAAGUUGUUUGGUUGACACAUUAAUAAAGCACGAGAAAGUUGAUGAGUAUUUUACAGUAGAAGUUAUGCCUAAUCUACUGUUUAAUGUCCUGAGCCAGUCAGCAUUUAAGGAUUCUUUUUAUGAGGGUUUGUAUGCCUUCACUGUAAUAUUUUUGACUCUCUGCAAGGAAUACAGAAGUUUCAGAGAGUACUUAUUUCAGAUUUCGCACGGGUUUGACAUAGAAGGUCUAUAUGAAAAUGUGAGAAGCGUGGAGAAUUACAAGAAUCAAAGGGCUCUCAUGGUUGAGUUUAUCGAUUGGAUUAAAACAGUGAAUGGCAAUGGUGAAGACCACGAUGAAGAUGACAAGAAGCGGCAAGAAAAAAGGCAGGCCGUUUUGCAGAGGGCAAACGAGAGGCUCAUCAAGAAAAAUAAAGAACAGGGGGAUCUUCUUGAUGAUCCAAAUACUGAAGAUGGCGCCAUGGGUAGCUUAUUUGGUACCGAAUAA